AUGGGCAGAAGUUGCAAUCUUCUCUUUGCUCCUGCACUUCUCAUUCUUCUACAUCUCCAUUCUUCGAUAGCUAAUUUUCGAAAUAUCAACACUGAUGAAACUGCUCUACUUGCAUUGAAAUCUCACAUUUCUUCUUUUGAUCCUAACAUCUUAGCGAGAAAUUGGUCUUCUUCCAGCCCAGUUUGCAGUUGGUUUGGAAUCACUUGUGGCUCCCGCCACUAUCGAGUCACAGCUUUAGACAUUUCUAGCAUGCAACUUCACGGUAACAUUCCUCCACACCUUGGAAACCUAUCAUUUCUUGUUUCCCUUGACAUCAGUGACAACUAUUUCCGUGGAGAUUUGCCACUAGAGUUGGCUCAUUUGCAGAGGUUGAAACUGAUUAAUGUCACAGGCAAUAACUUCACUGGUUCCAUUCCAUCAUUUUUGAGUUUUUUACCUAACCUUCAAUACAUGUACCUUUCGAACAACCAAUUUUCGGGGAAAAUUCCACCUUCCCUUUCCAAUUUAACAAUGCUGAAAGUGUUAAGAUUGCAUUCUAAUUUUCUGGAAGGAGAGAUCCCUCUAGAGCUCAGUGAUCUUCGUUACAUGACUUUCUUAGACCUGUCGUUCAAUCAGCUCACUGGAUCUAUACCGUCAUCUAUAUAUAACAUUUCACGAAUGGAAAAAAUUGGUCUCACCUACAAUAAUCUUACUGGUAAGCUUCCAACAACUCUCUGUGACCAUCUUCCAAACUUGGAACAGCUUUCCAUCUCUUUCAACUACCUAGAUGGCAUUAUUCCACCAAACAUAGAAAAAUGCACAAAGCUUCAACUCUUGUCAUUGUCUGAAAAUGAUUUCACCGGAACGGUACCAAGAGAGUUAGGCAACUUAACAGCUCUUACAGAAUUAUAUCUUGGAGGACUGCACCUAGAAGGAGAGAUACCAGCGGAGCUAGGUAAUCUUAAGAAACUACAGUACCUGGGAUUAGACAUAAAUGAGUUUACUGGUUCCGUCCCUGGGAGCAUUUUCAACAUGUCAUUAUUGCAGAUCUUAUCACUUCGAGAAAACAGGCUUUCAGGUACUCUACCUUCAGAUUUGGGUCAUGGACUACCCAGCCUAGAAGAACUUUAUUGUGGAUCCAAUAAUCUGAGUGGUUUUUUCUCUGCUUCUAUCUCAAAUUCCUCAAGACUCAGAAUACUUGAUCUCCCAUUUAACAGUUUCACAGGCCUAAUUCCUGAAUCACUUGGUAACUUAGAAUACCUUGAGUUUCUAGACUUGGGGGCGAAUAAUUUUGUUAGUGAUUCAGCAUUGAGCUUCUUGACAUCUUUGACAAACUGUAGGAAACUAAAAGCAGUGAGUUUUGCAUUGAAUCCAUUGGAUGGUGUUCUCCCGGCAUCUGUUGGAAAUUUCUCUGACUCUCUACAAGCUUUUGAAGGACAUAGUUGUAAAUUGAAGGGUAUCAUUCCUGAAGAAAUUGGUAAUCUUACUAAAGUGACAAAGAUGAAUUUGUUUAACAAUGAGUUGACUGGACAUAUUCCAAAUACUGUCCAAGGCAUGUUGAACCUUCAAGAACUUUACCUACCUCGCAACAAGUUAGUAGGAAUCAUACCAGAUGCUAUCUGCAAUUUAAAGAAUCUUGGAGCAUUACACUUGUCAGAAAAUCAGUUUUCUGGUUCAGUGCCACCAUGCUUAGGGAACGUUACCAGUUUGAGGUAUCUUUAUCUAGAUAACAACAGGCUUAAUAGGAGCAUACCUACAAGCUUGGGGAGCCUUCAAGAUCUCAUAGAAUUCGAUAUUUCGUCCAAUUUAUUAAAUGGGGAAAUUCCUAUGGAGAUUGGAAAUUUAAAGGUUGUAACUUUUGUUGAUCUAUCGGAAAAUAACUUUAACGGUAAGAUCCCUAACACACUAGGGGGUCUAGAUAGAUUGAUUAAUCUUUCUCUAGCUCAUAAUAGAUUAGAUGGGCCUAUUCCAGUUUCAUUUGGAAAAAUGCUUGGGUUGUGGAGAGAUUCCCACUGGUGGUCCUUUUGCAAAUGCCACCGAGCAAUCUUUCUUGUCCAAUUAUGGACUCUGUGGUGA